AUGAAGGUCCCCAUGGGCAUUCGGAGGCUGAGGUGGAAGCUCGGUAGGCGCUGCACCAUUCUCUUCAUUCUCUUCUGGACCGUUUGCUGGGUGCUAGUGGCCACACUUUUCCUCCAAGUCCACAGGAGCGUCUUUUCUGAGCGCUGCACAGACGAAAAGAGCCGGAGGAUCCUGGCUGGGCUGUGUCAUGACUACCAAGGGGGCACCCUGAUGGGAGACCUUUGUGAAGACCUGUGUGUGGCUGGAAAGCUGGUGUACCAGCGUUGUCUCUACUAUGAGAGGGGCAAGAAAGUUCUUCAGGCCACCUGGCACGGCCAACCUGUUGUCCUAAAAUCCAAGAAGGAGGCCUUCUCCAGCUUCCAACCUCUUGACUUAUUGGAUGAGGAGGUCGAGGGUAGCAAAGACUUCCCCGAGGCAGAACUCCUCCUAAUGGUAGCCAUUGAAGUCAAGAAUGCUCUGGGUCUGGAGCUCUCCAACAGCACCAUGGGGCCCCUGUGGUCAGGGAGAAAGGGGCCUCACUGGAAAGUCCAGGUAGCCAGCAUGUGGUCACUGCUUCAGCAGGAGGAGUAUAUCUACUUCAGCCUCCUACAAGACUUCAGCCGCCAUGUCCUGCAGGUGCUGGGUUCCUGUGGCCACUUCUAUGCAGUCGAAUAUCUUGCUGCUGGACAUCCCCGACACAGAACACUUUUUCCCCUGGAAGAGGCUAUUGGCAUCCCACUUGUGAGUGACCAGGGCCAGGCAAAGGCCAUCAACAACAUUGCCCUCAGCUUCCUGGACAUGGUAAACCAUUUUGAUAAUGACUUCUCCCAUCGCCUUCACCUCUGUGAUAUCAAACCAGAAAAUUUUGCCAUAAGGAGUGACUUCACAGUGGUCGCUAUUGAUGUGGACAUGGCCUUUUUUGAACCUAAGAUGAGGGAUAUCCUUGAACAGAACUGCACAGGAGAUGAAGACUGCAACUUCUUUGACUGUUUUUCAAAGUGUGAUCUCAGAAUCAACAAAUGUGGGGCACAGAGAGUCAAUAACAACCUGCAAGUGAUCUGUGACAAAAUAUUCCGACACUGGUUUCCUUCCAAUUUUAGAAAUUCUGCCAUCACCUUGCAACUCCAGGAGCAGUUAGAGAAGGCCGUUCAUGAAUGUGCAGACCCUGGAAUCCAAGACGUGCCUCACCACCAAAGAGUGUCUCCAAACUCUUUCUCCGAACUAUAUCGAUUGCUUCAGGCCACUCAAAGGGAACUUCAGACAUCAGAGGAUUAG